AUGAGUCUAGGCUGCUUGAUGUAUCUGGUGUUGAGUUGGAUGGCUCUGAUUCUGCUGGAGUAGUUGAACCCUUGAAGGAUCAAAGUAAGGCAGUUGGAAUGGAUCAAGAAGAUAUACAAUUGAUGGAUCCUAAUCCAUGUAAGAAAGUAGAGUUCAAUGCUCAUGCUCCAGAGUUAGAGAUAUGUUCUUCCGACAGAGCAGAUACUGCUGAUGAAAUCUUCAAGAUUUCAGAAAAGAAACGAGAGUACAGAUGCAGGGCCUGCAACAUGAGCUUUAGCUCGCAUCGAGCUCUGGGAGGUCACAGCAAUAAACAUAAAAUAAAUGGUCAUUGCUCUGCUUCGGGCACAGAGUCCAGCCAUCUGACUGAUAUUGAGUGCAAUGGCACUUCGGCUGAGGCUGGUAGUGAUGGAGUGGCCAUGGCAGAUUUGCAGUUGACUAAAACCAAGGACCAUGAGUGUCCUAUAUGCUUCAAGGUUUUCUCCACAGGCCAAGCUCUAGGUGGUCACAAGAGGGCACAUUAUGCUGGUUUUAGUGAGAGCAGAAUUAAGGAGAUGACAGCUGCAAAUCAGGAGCUUCGUGAUAUUCAGAAUGUCUUUGAUCUGAAUCUCCCAGUAAUCACUCAUCCAGGGGCCAGAGAUGAUGGUAUUAGCCUCAAGGCAUGGUAUGAGCCCCUGGUGAUUUCCAAUUGAGAAACUACUUGAUCCUCAUUUUCCCCGAGGUCAUACACAGUGAAGACUCAUUUUACUCUUAUUUGACAUUGAUAUUCGUCCCUUGAAAUAUUGUGGCUGACAGUUUAUAAAACGGAAGAGAAGAUUCAGGCUGAUUUUGCUGGUAGAUUCAGAAAUGUUGAUAGUUUCAGUAGCGUUGACAUUUUUCUCCAUAUUGAUUUCUUCUUGUCUUCAGUUAACCAGCAGAAAGUCUGAAUUGUUAAUACAUCAAAGCUCAUAUUUUGUUCAUCUAUUCAUCAAUUGAACGAUUUUAUGGACCUUACUUGUGGAUUGUCACUGAA